AUGGAUGCUGAGCAAUCAGGAGCAGAAACAGGCGAAGAACCACCCCCUACAGAUGCUGAAGGGUUGGAAGCAGAAGAGACUGAUGUCUUCGAGGAGGGCCAGGACCUGUCCGGCGAGUUUGGGCUUGCUGAAAUGAAGUCACAGAAAGCCCCAUCAUCAUCGGCGGAAGAGCCUCGAAAGCUGGAAGCCCGUUAUGAUGCUGGCGCCACCGGAGGGAAAACCUCUUCUGCAGCGGAGCUGGAAGCAGCCACAGCCGUUGGAGAACCAAAAUCUGCACUGAAAGCAAAGGACGAAACGACUCAUGCAGCAAAUGCGGGACGCUGGUCACGUAACCUGUCCAGGGAAGCGUGCAAAGGCCUACAACGUCGAGCGUGUCAGCGAGAGCCGGUAGCGGUUCGGCCGGUGGUAAAGUGGGGCGCAGAGGGCGCUGAAAUACCAGAUGAAGCGCUCAGUCACAACCCAUGCUUAGAAAGAAGUACUGGACGACGGUUUCGCAGUGUGGGCGUCCCCGUAGCCAAAAAGAGCGAAACGCAGCAGCUGCACGUGAAGUCCCCUGCGCCAGCCGAGAAGCACGACCAUCCGAAAGCGGUGCAGUCUGUCUAA